AUGUUAGAUAGAUUAUUUGAACUUAGAGAUGAAGUGAUUCAAUUUUUAGAAAUGCAAGGCCAAACUGAAAUGUGUGUGGAACUCCGAAAACCAAGUGUUCAAGUUGUAUUGGCUUAUCUGUCAGAUAUUUUCGACUCUCUGAACUUGAAACUGCAAGUCAGUGAUUCGACUGUAAUUUAUCAUCGGGAUGCUAUCACAGCAUACACUGAUAAACUGCAGCUUUGGAAAUCAACAGAUCCUUUUCAUGCUGACAUAGAUGCACUGUUGGAAACAUUGCAAGAACAAGCUUUGGAAAUUGAAAACGAUUCUGCAUCCAAAUAUGACUUUGAGAAGAUGGAUAAGUCAUUAUUUUGGCACUUAUUUAUACGAAAGGGCGUUUUCAGCAGUCGUAGCACUGAAAAGGAAUGCAGAAGCACACUCUAUGCUGCUGGUGAUUUAUAUUACGCACUUUCUUCUAUUCAACCAAGAAUUGAAAAUCUUUGCAAAAAAGUGCAAGCUCAUCCAUCACAUUGGUUUAUUUGA